GUAAAGCAUCUGUGUACUUCUUCCACCACUGCUGUUUGUGUAUUUACUAUAUAUUUACCAUGCUAUUUGUUAAUAAUUUGAUAAAAAUAGGGUUUUCCACAUGGUGGCAGUAUGCACAAGCAGAGCUCCCAACAAGCCCAGUAUGAUGACUGAGGAAGAAGACUGUCGCACACAAUGCACUGCACGGCUGACAAGGGUUGUGUCUCCCAGCGUUUCACGAUAAAUUUACAAUUGAGUGGAAACUUGUGAAAGGGCAGCAGCGGAGCCGCUCGGGUGUUUUUCCUCUGUGUGUUUAUCUGCACACUGGAUUUAGCGAGAUACAGAAAUCAAUUGAGCGGAAACGUCGGCGAGAGAGGUCCAACUUCUCCUCCCCAAACAUUGGAUUACACAGCGGAGGCUGCAUGAAGGAGCUGCCCGGCCCGGCGGGGGCUCGGCCGACACCCUCGUUUAUGGAAAUCGACACCGAGGCUUUAAUAUUCGGGCCUUGAUUUUUUUCUUUAUGACGGAGGAGCAACGAAAGAGGAAUUGUGUGUGGAGAAGCGAUAUAUCGUUACUCUGCGGGCGAUUUGUUGCUUAAAAGCGUCCGUUUUUACCCCGUUUUACUACAAAAUUGAUCGGCUAACAGCUGCCAGCUAGCCCGGAGAGCUAACGUUACGUCUUUCUUUUGAUGUGAUGCGAAUCCAGCCGUUACUCUCGGCCAUCAACGUUUCGGCAGCAGAAAAUAUAAUCUCAUGGCUGCGGAUUAUUAAAUAGGUUAGCUACUUGGUGUAUUGUCCGGCUUGUCAGUGUUUCCAGACACCUUUUGAAGAAUAUAUGUUUAUUCUUCGGUUGCUGGCUAAAUAUAUUGUGAUGUAUUGAGUUAGCCGUGUUCAUGCUAUCCCCCCCAAAAAAGCUAAUUAACCUAACGUUAGCUGGCUGUAGCAUUAACUACUUUAAUUUAGACACGUUUUACUGAUCAGAUUUGGAGUAAUUUAAGUUAACGAUAACGUUUAAAGUCAACACGGAGUCAUGUCACGGCAGCCGGUGUGUUAACGUCGGGAUAUGUAGGUUAUUGGCCUUGCUAAGUAGCUAACCGGAUCAUUUUGCUAACAGGCAAAUAAAUUUGUCAGCGUGUGCAGAAAUUUUGGAAAUUCAACAGUUAUAUUGAGCAAUGCCAACAUUGGCGUAGUUUUGAUUUUGAAAUCGACAUAGUGGCAGAUUUGUCUCGCUUUGUCUGCAACAUAAGAAGACUUGUCUUUUUUUGUUUACAUGCGUAUAACUUAUUUGGUUGUAGGUUGAAUUUCUUGCUGGCUAGCUGCUGUUAGCCGUCUACCAGACACAAACAGCAGCCAUGUCCUGACAUUUGUGAACGCCGCGGAUGUUUUAAAAAUUUCCCCCCAUGUGGAGCUAAGUUUACGUUCAGAUUCAGUGAGAUGACACUCAAAUUUCGCCGAAAGAACGGCACUGAUGCCAAAAGACUGUUGUCAAAGGACGGUAAAUAAUAGCCACUGGUUCCGUUAACGCCAUUUUAACCGGGGCUCUUCUGCUAGGGCCUGUGUGGUGGUGUUUCUUUUGCGGUUCAGUGCUUUUCCGCCGGACCGGGACUUGAGUUAAGUGCCUUUUGGUGUCACUGGAGUUACAGAAGGGGGUGCCGUUUGAUCAUGGAGGGCCCGAGCCGAAGCACUGGAUUCAGGCAGAGCCGACGGUCCCGUUCACAGCGCGACAGGGAGCGGCGGAGGAGGCGAGUGGACCUGGCCGAGCAGCGGGCCACAUCCCUGUCCUCAGGCUCCGAGCGGGAGGCUUGUGGGACCAACAGUGUCCUGGGUCCCGGAGGGAGAGAGUGCCGACCCGGGUUCGGGAGACACAGGCCUCCGCGCCGUAGGAAGAGAGAGUCGGUGUCCUGCGAGGAAGACAUCAUUGAUGGCUUCGCUAUUGCGAGCUUUAUCAGCCUGGAGGCAUUGGAGAUGGACUGCUCUCUGAAGCCCAGUCAGCGCACUGACAUGCUGGGAAGGAGGAACAAGGGGAAGAGAGGACCGGAGGAGAACGGCGGAGGGCCUCUCUCAGAGCCGGAGGAAGGAGCUCCACACAGCUACUCCAGCAGCUGUUGGAACAAGAGUAGAAACAAGAGGAGAAAGAUAGAGGGACACCCUUUGGAGACUGGAUACAUCUGUGACACUGAGAGUGAUACAGGAGACAAGGCCUCCGACAAUGACAUGGAUCCAGUGUUCACAGUCAGCACAAGGAAAGUUGUGGAGCCGGCCCCCUCAAACAUGGGCACAUCCAUGGGCAAAAGCUGCCCGACUCUGCCGGCCCGGAGCGGCGUCUCCCGGUUGAUGGUGACCCCGAGAGUAUCCGGCCUAGAGCGAAGUCAGGAGAAAAACCUGGAGCCGCAUUUCCCAGAGCCUGUUUCUUCUUCUACCUCUUCUGCCCCCUUCUCUUGCCUGCCUUCCCACUCCCCGGGCGCAGCCUCGGGCACGGUCCCCCGGCCUAGCCCCAUGAACGGUAACGGCGGCCGCCACAACAGCAGCCCACCGCUCUCCAAACCCAAGCCCUUCCUCACUUUGCCUGGACGAUCUCACUCCAUCUACAACAUCAACAACAGGAGCAACACCCCGGUCAAACCUCCAUCAUCUGCUUCAUCUGUUGCGUCUUCCUCAUCCUCCAUGCGGCCCCCGACUCCCUCCACCAGUGUGUCUCUGCCCUACAUCCGGAGCGCAGGAUCCUCAGGGCCCCUUCGACCCCCAUCCCGAGCCAGCUCUGGGGCCCUGUUCACGUCCUCGCCUGGCCUGCCUCCACCUCCCCCACUGCUACAAGGUCCUUCCCACUCAACAGCAGCAGACCAGGAAUUACUGCGCCACAAUUUGAACUCCCACUUCUUGAAUGCACAAGAGCGCGAGGGCAGACGCAGCGUCCCGGGGGCUGAAAACAACGGAGGAGCUGUGGGCCGCUCCACUCCCGGCGGUCCGUCAGCAUCGGGUUCCACGCCGGGAUCGUCAGGCCGGACGUCCCAGAACCAGCCGAGCCUCCAGCCUCUGGCCUUCCAGUUCCAUCAGCACAACCACCAGCACCAACACACGCACACGCACCAACACUUCACGCCCUUCCUGCACCCCACAGCUACCGCACCGCCUCUGUUUGAUAAGUAUCCAGGCAAGAUGGACGGGCUGUACCGACACCCUUUCUUCCCACCUUACCCGCCGCCCUCAGUGCCGAGUAUCCAGCCUGUGAUUCCUCCCACUGGGCCUUUCAGCUCCCUGCAAGGAGCCUUUCAGCCAAAGCCUCUUGUCCCUCAGGGAACGGGUCCUGAUAUAUCCGCGCGGCUCGGGGUUGUGCCUCACCACCUGCAGCCCAAAGACCCCAGGCUAACUGAUCCAUUUGGGACAUCGUUGAAAAUCAGUAAUAAACCAGGAAAAUGGUGUGCUAUGCAUGUAUAUGUGGCCUGGAUGAUUCUAAGCCAUCAGAAAAAAGUAAAGCUGAUGCAGGCUGAUCCUCACAAGUUGGACUUCCGUAGUGACCUGCUGGCCCGUCUUCCCGGAGCUGGUGGACUGGGCCCGCUGGGACCCAUAGGAGGAGCCAUGCCUCCCACUCAUGACCUGACUAGACCUCCCAGUCUGUUCUCAGCUACAGGUGCAGUCAAUCCGUCCUCAGCUCCUUUCAUAUCUCCAUCAACGCCGCACUCCUCUUUCCUGGCACCAGCUGCACACUUGGAUCCGUAUGGCCGAUCCCCACCCUUCACCCCGCUGGGAGCCCUGGGUUCUGGUGCCUUUGGAGGACUUGGUAGCCCAACACUCGCGGGCUCCGUGUUUGGCCCUAAAGACUCACCAGCCAGCGUGGUCGGGGGAUUGUCCACCCCUAACCAUCAUGACCCGUGGAAUCGCCUACACGGCGGCCCGUCUGGAUUCCCUACCGGCCCUGGCUGGCCUAAAGGGGCGGACAAGAGGGACGAGAGGGAUCGAGGGAAGGAUGGAGAGAGGAGAGACAUACCCCACAUCAAAGAUGAAAAGGACAGAGAUAAUAUGCUGUAUGGCCGACAACCUGUGAGAAUGUCUCCAGUUGCUCCUUCCUUCAAGCCUCGCAGUAGCACGCCAGUCUCCCACAUUAAUGGCCACAGCAGUGCCCUGGGGGGCAGCAGCGGGCCUAUUGAGGACCUGACACGCAGCCUAAAUAGAGACAGAGACCGCGAGCGGGACAGAGAUGGGGACAAGAGGCCGCUGCCGACAGUGUCUUCAAGGGGGCCUCCUCUUGGCCCUUCGUCUUUAGUAGCAGACAGGGACAGACCACGGUCUUCCUCAUCCUCCGUGCUCACUACUCCCCCACCCUCCAACCGCUCAGCCCCAUCUCCUUUGGACCUUUACCCCCGCCCACUGGCCCAGACAGCACAUAGCCUCCAUAAUGAACCCUCACACUCCCAAAGAGACAGCAACCUCCCUAUUUCCUCCGCAGCUUCUGCCUCUGUCACUUCUUUGUCUCAGGCCAAGAAGUCUGAUCGGACCACACCUGUCUCCAAACCUCCCCUGCUUCUCCCACCAGUUAAAGUCAAAGAGGAGCGAAAAGAGGAGCCGGAGCAUAUCCCCAUCACCCUGCCUCCCCCAGCACCCAACCACAGCUUUGAGCGCCCUAACAGCCAUCCACAUCACCACAGAUCUGGUACCCCUUCAUCUUCCUCUCUAUCACUGACUCCUACUCCUGGUGUUCCCCUCCCACCGCCCACUCCAAAUCCUUCUUCCCACCAACACCUUGCCAUGCUAGACCGCUCAAGGGCCAUUGAAGCGUAUCUGGGGGGCACGGCAGGUGCUGGAGGGUUGGUAGUGGGUCCAGGUGGAGAACGUUUCGCCCAUGGUCCACAACAAGGACCAUCACAGGGUCCACACAGCUUCACUUGGGACCCCUGGAGGGAGCUGGCAGCUCAGCAGCAACAUCAGCAUCGUAGGGAGGCUUUGGCACUUCGGUCAGACCCUCACUUUGCCCUGCGUUCCGAUCCACAUCUGGCCCGGCUGCUCCAGCAUCAACGCCUUCUGGAAGCAGAGAGGGCUGCGGCUGUAGCGGCUGCAGCUGCAGCAGCCAACCCUCACCACCCUUCCACGUCUACCUCUUCUGCCUCCAACUCUGUCCGCCAGGAGUUUGGCCUGAUGGCCCAUCACUUUGACCGCCCUCCUCAGCUCGGACCUCCAGGAGGAGGGCUGAUGGACGAGGAGCAGCGUGCCCAGAUCCUGAGGGAAGACUUUGAGCGGGCUCGCUACUUUGGGCACCCACACCUUCCUCCUGGCUCUCACCUCUCAAGCCCCUCUCAUGCUGCUACUGCUGCUCACCUGGAGCAGCUCCACCCUGGCCUUCUCUCACACCAACUACCCCCAGGAGCAGCCGGGCAUCAGCAUCACGCAGGUCUCUACUCUCGUCUAGGCCCACUACACCCACACAGUGUGCCCAACGGCAUCCUGGCAAAGACCCCUGCAGGCUUGGUGGGAGCUCUGGCAGUGGGGGCACCGCCUCCACUCAUUCCGUCCAUCACCAGCCGGUCGUCCACACCUCCCCGCGGUUCUAGACUUGCAGGGCCAGGUGAGCUGGCACUGUACAGCGCCCACAAAGAUGGAGAGUCCAGAUAGUAUAGGGACAACACUGGAGGAGAUUAAGGGAAAUGUCAGGAUCACUGUGCUGCUCUCAACCUGCCCCCUUUUCCUCUUGCAAACUACUAAACCCUGCCCUGUGAGUUACACAACCAAACCAGUCCCAGUACCCCCAACAAAGGGUAACCACGACUGGGUGGAGAUGAUGGUAGGGAGGGAAAUGCAAGACUCGUCAGUGUGACUUGGAAUAUGCCCAAUGGUUCUAUCAGUGCAAUUUAAAGGUACAUGGUUUCUGUGCAUCUUGGUGUAUUUUUAUUUUCUAUCGGCUGUCGGUUAUUACAGUACUCAAUUUUGAACGCUGUAAGAAGAGGCAGAGGACAGCUUUUUUCAUUUGUCAGGUGAAUUAUGAUCCAUGCUUAUAAGCGAGCCUUUUCCAGGUGGAUUGGAAAUGACUUCCAGAGGGAUGCACACUUUUGAAAACGUGUCAAGGGUUCAUCCUCAGCUCGGUUAACUCGUGGGAUAUUAUAAAGGCCUCCUCUACAUAAAUCAACCCCGGUGUAGGUAUUGUGGAUGAGGGUUUCUAGAAAUACAGUGGUAAAGUGGUGCUUUCUGUUCUGUUUUUGUGUCUUUAUGUCAUUGUGAAAAGACAGAUUACUGAUGAGACCAUUUAAAUGAGGAUCAGUAAGCAUCGUACCUCAGUUUCCUGCUUUACCCAAAAAUCUAACCCCCAAGCCCUCAGCUUCACUGAUAAUGAGAUUCAACCUUUUUUGGCUUGUUUUUUUUUUUGUUUUUCAAAGGAUGAAUGGUGAAAUGAACUGUGCUACACUGUGUGAGUGAACACAGUAUUUUAGAGCUUCCUGUAACUGUUUCCCAGUCUCCUCUUGACUAUAUGAGCAGGACCAGAUUAUAGUAGUCUAGAGAAAUUGCCUUUGUAAUUAUUAUUCUUAACAUUAAUUAUCUUCUAUAAUAAUAAAUAUAUUCACUGUUAUGUUAUUUGUCAUUGUUUCGGGUAUCAACCAGUACUCUCUCCCCAGGUAGUAAUAUGUUUCAAAAUCAUGCAAAAGACAAAGCAAAAGGCUUGCUUCACAGAAAACUUUUUAACGCUUGUGAACAUUAAGCCGUAUCCAUUGCAACCUCUGGCCUCUUCAAGGAUCUCAUCGGUGACUUUAUAAUGCGGAGAGAGAGAGAGAGAGAGAGGUUUGCUUGUGUGUCCUUGGUUGUGUGUUACUAUGGGACUAUGGGAGCCUUGUACAUUGAACUGUCAAGUUGUUUCAUCAACAAAAAUAAGUUAUAUACAUGGAUAAGUGGGACAUCUGCUGAAGAACUGAAAAAAAAAAACAUAUAAGGACUUGUGUCAAAAGACAACUAGACAGUGGAUAUACUGAGAGGGGAAAGACUGGGUCGAUUAUUUUAAUAUGACCAUUUUAUACCUUUCAAACCCCUCCCCUAGAGACCACAAAGAUUAAUAAUUAUUAAAUGAAUUGUUGUUUA